CGCAACGGCCUCAAAGCCUAAACCAGGACAAAGCGGCUAGUAAGAGGAGCCCCGCCGGCGGAGGAGAGGCCACACUGGGACGAGGGACCCGCACAACCUCCGCCACCUCAAGCCCUGACCACAGUGACCACACACUCUCCGUCAGCAGUGACUCGGGCCUGUCUAGCACGUCUCUGUGGGCAGAUAGGCCCACACCUGUCGCCUCUACCGCCACCACAACCACCGUCAAGGCUAACCAGGGACCCAGCCCGCAGGAGAAGGUGCAACUGAAAUGGCUCCUUAAUGGUUUUGGUCUUGACGAUCCUUCGCUGGAGGAGAUGGAUAAUCAAGGCCCCAAAGUGGGCUUGCAGCAGACAAUCCCAGCACAAGCGCUCUUUAACGGAGACACCCGACCCAGAGACAGGGAAACGGAUAUCCUCGACGACUACGUCAUUACGGGUCAUGAUCUGCACAGCGUGGACAGCCUAGGGACCCUGUCGUCCUCCUGCAACAAGAGCAGUCAAAACUCUCUGCUCUCUGAUGGUUUUGGGUGUCCUGGAGGCGAGGAGCAUCAAAACCAGCACCCCCUGCAUCACGCUCCCCCGGUGGAGGACUAUGAGCGGUCCUAUGCAGAGGCCAAAAGAGCCUUUCUAACCUCCAGGGGCAACUCUGUGGCGUCUUCGAAUCCCAGCAGCGCCCCCGCACCCAAACAACAGGUGUACAGGCAAGGCAGCUAUUCUACCCAGUCCUGGGUUCGUCAGCAGCAGAUGGUUGCGGCGCAGCAGUUUAUCUACAUGCCCGAGGAUGCAAACGAAACCGAGCAAUACCCUAGAAACAAGCCUGGGAGGAGUUCGCCCAAAGACGGCCAACUGCCCGCUAAACCGCAAGACUGCGUGAGGGACACGCCGGACGACUCUAUUAAAAGCUCCGCCCCUCACAAAGAGCAGGCGAUGACGAACAGUAGCAGCAACAAAAAACAGGACGAGGAGUUCAAGUCUCUGACGAUGGACAUCGAUAACUCCAUCGAUCAGCUCAAUCAGCUGAUCAUGGACCUGGAUCCCACGUUCGUGCCGGCGCCAAGCCGCAGCAGCUCCGCCAAGAGGAACGGUGCGACGCAGGUCAACGGCUCAGCCGGCAAAUGUUCGAACGGCGUCAAUCUCAGGUUCAACGACAGUAAAUCAGCAGCCCUGAAAAACACACAGCAGACAGUUGUGCAGCCCAGUGAUGGGCGAGCGGGUGUCAUGCGUAGUCAAAGCUGCCAAGGGCAAGAUGUACUGGAUCAUCCAGGCUUCUGUAAGUCCGGAUGGGGUGAUGCGGAGGAGUACAGGGGUCAGCGGACAUAUUCCCCUUGUGCGCCCCUUCAGCUCCAGCAGCAUACCAUUCUGUACAGAAGUGACAGUGUCAAUUAUAGGACCCAUGGGACAGAUAUGGACAGUGGAGUUGAGGCGGGUAGCGACAUGGCUCCUCCCACUCCUGCCUUCCCUAUCUCCCCACCGACACCUUAUGUGAAAAGUAUGUCAGAGUUGACAGAUCAUAGACAAACUCCAUCUCCCAGCAUGCAGUCUUUUGGAGGCUACAGAACAAAUCAUGAACCUCGAGGAUACAGUGACAUCAAUCAUGUAGUGUUGGAGACGUUGCCAGAUUCCUCCAUCAGCUGCCACAGGAUGCUGAGUUCUACACAUUCUGCCUCAGUUGUUGGAAGCCAUCAGCACGCAGACAGCUCCUCUGUGAAUCAGUCCUGGCCAGAGCACUCUGUCCUGAGCCGCCACGCCUCCUUGAGUAACUACCCCUGUGCCCGACAACCACCGCAACAUUCCGUGUCUCUGGACUACGGUCACCACUCUCCUCCUUUACCCCGCUCCCACACCCACCCUGCCCCCAAUGCCCACAGCUCUCCCCGAAGCAGCCAGCGGAGCCGCAUGGCCUGCUACGCCAUCGGCCGUAGUUCCGCUCAAAGCUUCGACGAGCAGGACGGCUCGGGUCUCGGCUACGGCACGGACUGUCCGGCCGCGGGCGUCGACAGGGAUCACUUCUCCUUCGGUGAAGGGCAGCAUCGGUCGCAGACCCCCCAGGUGCAGCCCCCGCUGCUGCCGGAAAAGAAGCGAGCGUCGGACGGCGAGCACUCUCUGGGAACAGCCUCUCCUGCCCUCAGCGGGUUCUCAAGUCCGCACAGUGGGAGCUCUCUGAGCAUCCCUUUCCCCAACGUCUUACCUGACUUGUCGGCUCAGACGCCGUGCCCAGCCUCGCCUCUGCCAGACGUACUAGUGAACAAGCAGGUUACUGUGAAGUUUGUGCAGGACACGUCAAAAUUCUGGUACAAACCAGACAUCUCAAGGGACCAAGCUAUUUCAGUCCUGAAGGACAAGGAGCCCGGCUGCUUUAUUGUGCGAGACAGCCAUUCCUUUAAGGGGGCGUACGGUCUGGCCAUGAAGGUGGCAACACCCCCUCCCUCAGUUUUCCAGCAGAGCAAAAAAGGAGGAGAUCUGUCCAACGAACUGGUGCGCCACUUGCUGAUCGAGAGCACGCCGAAGGGAGUGCGGCUGAAGGGUUGUCCCAACGAACCCUACUUUGGAAGCUUAACAGCUUUGGUCUGCCAGCAUUCAAUCACACCUCUGGCCCUUCCCUGUAAACUUAUUAUACCUGAUAGAGAUCCCUUUGAAGAUGUCGUGGAGAACAUUUCGCAGUCCGUCACAAACUCAGCUGCUGAGCUGCUGAAACAGGGUGCAGCUUGUAACGUGUGGUACCUCGGCUCAGUGGAGAUGGAGUCGCUCACGGGGGUCCAGGCUGUGCAGAAAGCCACUACUAUGAUCCUGGAUGCAGACCCUCUACCGAACUCCACGGUGGUCCACUUCAAAGUGUCGUCUCAGGGAAUCACCCUGACGGACAACCAGAGGAAGCUUUUUUUCAGGCGCCAUUACAAUGCCAAUACAGUUAUAUUUUGUGCUCUGGAUCCUCAAGAUAGAAAGUGGAAAAAAGAUGGAUACCCUUCAGCAAAAAUCUUCGGCUUUGUGGCGAGGAAAACUGGCACUUCCACGGACAACAUAUGUCACCUGUUUGCGGAACACGAUCCUGAGCAGCCCGCCAGUGCCAUCGUCAACUUUGUGUCCAAAGUGAUGAUUGGUUCACAACGGAGUAAGUAGGAGGGGACCGGAGACCUGGAGAGAUGUUGACUGAGAAAAGAAACAGCAAUUUAAAGACUGAGAAAA